CAUCCCCGGAUGUAGGAAUUCACUUCCUGGUUCCCUAGGCUCUGCGGCUGCUGAGGUUAGAAUUACUGCUGCCGGCUGGCCAGAUCGGAGAGCGGGCCUCCCUGGGCGCUCGGAGCCGCUUUUGCCGCUCCGCAUUCCGCCGUCCGCGCGAACCUGACCCUAGGCGCGGAACAGGGUUUCCCUCUCGCGUGCUUCUCCCUCAUGGCGGAUCCAGCCCCGAACGGCCCCCAAGGGGCGGGCGCCGUGCAAUUUUUGAUGACGAAUAAGCUGGACACAGCAAUGUGGCUUUCUCGAUUGUUCACAGUUUAUUGCUCUGCGUUAUUUGUUCUUCCUCUUCUUGGGUUACAUGAAGCAGCAAGCUUUUAUCAACGUGCUCUGCUGGCAAAUGCUCUCACCAGUGCUCUGAGGCUACACCAAAGAUUACCACACUUCCAAUUAAACAGGGCCUUCCUGGCCCAGGCUUUAUUAGAGGACAGCUGCCAUUACCUUUUGUAUUCUCUCAUCUUUGUCAACUCUUACCCUGUUACAAUGAGUAUCUUUCCAGUCUUAUUAUUCUCUUUACUUCAUGCUGCUACGUAUACAAAAAAGGUUCUUGAUGCAAGGGGUUCAAAUAGUUUGCCUCUAGUAAGAUCUCUUUUGGAAAAAUUAAAUGCUAAUCAACAGAAUAUUCUGAAAUUUAUUGCAUGUAAUGAAAUUUUCUUGAUGCCUGCUACAGUUUUUAUGCUUCUCAGUGGUCAAGGAAACUUGCUCCAGCCUUUCAUUUACUACAGAUUUCUUACCCUACGAUAUUCCUCCCGAAGAAAUCCAUAUUGUCGGACCUUAUUUAAUGAACUGAGGAUUGUUGUUGAACAUCUAGUAAUGAAACCUGCAUGUCCCAUAUUUGUGAGAAGACUGUGUCUACAGAGCAUCGCUUUUUUAAGUAGAUUGGCACCAACAGUUGCAUAGUUUAACAUCCAGUUAAAUUAUAUGUACAAUGAACAUUGUAAGCAGUUGAUACAUCUGCAAGAGUUUGUAAAUGCCAGGUAUUACACUAAUCUUGGUCCAGGUUGUGUAAUUUCUUUCUGUAAAAAUGUUUAAUUCUGUAGUGUGUUAAAUCAAGUCUUUUUGGUUUCUGAGAAAAUGUUAUUGUGGUCAUGGUGUAAGUAGGUUUGCAUCUUAUAAACAAACGUCUAUUAAGCUAAAGAUAAAAUCAUUUAAAGCAAGGAAACCAUCACUAAUUUCUUCUUCCCACACAAAAUCUCACUAAAUUUCUUUCAUGCCAGCUCAUAUUAGCUGUACUUUGCAUGUAGUGCAAGCCCUUGAUUUAGUCCCACAUGUAAUAUUUGUGGAUGUGUUGAGACAGUAUUCUUUUUUCCAUUUGAUAAUUUCAGUCAAAAUUAUCAGAGAAGUAGUAGAAUUGCAUCAAUUUUAAAACUUCAUCUAAACAAGCAAACUGAUACUAUGCUGUUUUUUUAAAUAAAUUUAUGAAGUCCUCACUUUAGAAGGGGACUUUGUCAGUACUUUGAUGGCUAGAUCUUCUUUGUCUUGUUCAAUAACUUGUAUAAUUUUGGCUUUUAAAAUGUCAACCAAUACCAUUGUUGUCUGGUUAUAAAAUCAUUUCAGUCACAUAACCAUUUUGGGUAGAGGUCAAAAGGUAUGUAUUGUAAGGAGCAAUCAUCCUUCACUUGAUCCUUUGACUAGAAUUUGUCAAAGAAUUUAAAUAGGAUAGAACUCUAAAACUAAAACAAAAGCUUUUUCCUUUUUUAAUACAUGUGGUGACAAUUCAGGUAUUAUCUUUAUAGAAUCUCAUAAUCUAGAUUCUGAACUGCCAAUUUUCUUGAUUUCUUAGGCUUGAAUUUACAUAAAGUUUGCAGCUAUUGAGACACCACAUGAAAUAAAUGCCUUUAGCUGAAAAUUAAUUGUAAAACCAAGUGACUGUACUUGGUGACUUAUUCUGAUAAUAAUGAAACUUAUGCCAUAUAGAUUUUAUGUUCAUCCAGCAAACCUGAUUAAAGAAUUACAUGAGAAGGUUUAUAAGGUAACUGAUAAAAAAAAUGCAGUAUGUAUCCUUUCUCUAUAAUACUUAGGUAAGUUUUGGAGAGUUGGGUACACUGCAACUGUGACUUUAUUUGUAUGAACUGUUAAAUCCUGUUCAUUGAGCCUCACAGAAUUCCUUUAUAAAACUCAUUCUGAUUUUUAUUACUGUUGCAUGAUUGGAAAAUAUUUAAAUAUUGCAAAACUUCAGUGGUCCAAAGUAUAUUAGUUAUCUGUAACUAGUUUUUUUUAAUGUGUGCAUGUAAUUUAGACUAUCAAAAUACAUUCAUUAGUCACUUGUCAGUCACCAUCAGUUGUCCAUAUCUUUUUGCUCAACCUGUAGGCACAAAGGCGAAGUUUUUAAAAGGGACUAGAAUAAUUCUACUUGAUUGCUCUUAUUUUAUUUGAUUGAGCUCACUUUAAUCAGCUAUUUAUGGAAGAAUUAUUAUCCACUAAGUUGGAGAAGUAACUGCAUAGCACACAGUUGAUCUUUUUUUUGUGGCUAUUCUUAUCACUAUAUCUGUAAUCUGAUGGUUUUAUAACUAAAAUUUCUAGAGCAAUAAAGUGAAUGUAAAACUAAAUUAACCAGUAUGUUCCUUUCUAAGAAUUUUUUUGAAAAAUAUUCUUUAUUAGAUCAAGAAUUUUUGACAAGGAUAGAAAGAGAUUGAUUUAAAUCCAUGAAUAAUUUUAAUUGUAGUAUUGGGUGUUUAUUUCUGUCAUAGAGCAUGUUUUGCUUUUUAUGUACUAUAAAUGAAAUGUUAUUUAAAAUAGUUACCCUGAAUUCUUUAUUUGGAAGAUGAUUAUUGUUCAAAAAUAAUGGAAAAAGAAAGAAGUAAUUUCUUUUGUUGAUAAAACCAAUUAUAACAUUAAAA